UCUCUCAUUGAUUUUUAUCUUUUUUAUUUGUUUCUCUCAUUGAUUUUUAUUAAGGGGUAGUGUUUGUUUCACAGAAGUCUUGGUCUUUCUUUGUUUCUUUCUCAACGAAGUCAGCAUUUUGAUUCUCUUGAAUUAGUCAUUUUGUUCAAAAUCGUCAUGUCUACAUCCACAUUAGACGCAUGGUUCUGUUGUUUGCAUUGCAAAACUCGCUUUGCUCCUUUCAAUGGUUUGAUUAAGGAACUUGCUUCACAUCGGAGUGGGGAGAAGUGUUGGUUCCUCUUUCGUGAUAAUGCUGGCUUGAUGAAUGUGAACUUUGAAGGAAGAAAGGCAAUUGAUCAAGCUCCAACUAGUGUUAAAUCUGUUGAGGUUAGAGAUGGAGGUCAUACAACUCAAACAGAUAUGGCCAGCAUGUACUGUUCUAAGUGCAGUGCUCAUGUUGGAUGGAAAAUAGUUAAGGAGAGCAACAAUCACCCAAUAGUCCAUCAAGGCCAAUACAUAGUGCAAAAUCAUAUAAAGCUGUGAUGGAUGUGGCACAAGCCUGAAUGGGAUGCUUCUGCUGACAACUAUUAUAAUUGAUAUCAUUCGUUUCUUUUCCUAUUCAUUUAUUCAGAUUGUUGUUUCAAAUGGGUCAUGUACUAGUAGGAAAU